AUGUGGAGUCUCCUGUUCUUGAUCUUUGCUGUGGCCGCCUGUCCGGUCCAAUCGCAAGCCGGGACAUUUAUAGUCUACGACUACUUCAAAGUACAAGCUUAUGGGCAGAUGUCGAGCGAGAACUUAAAGCUUACCUGUGAACGAGCUGAUUACGUCACACCGUGUCCCGGGAACGAGAGCUGCCCGUCUUCGACAGACGGCUGUGUCCCGACCGGGCUUACUGCAUGCGGCGCUCCCAUGCUCGAAUUAGCCCAAUUUCUGUGCGGUGGCAUGCCUAACGAAUGCCCUGCGCUGGACGGGGUGUACUGCUUCUAUGGCCCUGGUGCUGCCUGUGGUGUGGAGGGUGACAGCUGGUGCGCAGCCGGCUAUGACCGCUACGCCCUCUGCGCCCGCGAUAUCGAUGACUGCAGCAGCGCCCCCUGUCAGAAUGGAGCAGUAUGUCAGGACGGAGUGAACAGCUUCACUUGUCAGUGUGUGCCUGGGUAUACUGGAACUCUCUGUGAAACGGAUAUUGACGAGUGUGCGAGCAGUCCGUGUUUAGGAGGCGGAACUUGCGUGGAUCACGUGAACGGCUACAGCUGUUUCUGUCCUAAAGGUCACGUGGGAGACAAGUGUGAAACGGUUCCGUACACUGGCGGCUGUCUGCUGUUCUCCUCCGAUGCCGUGUCCUAUCCCGAAGCGAGCCAGGAGUGCCAGACCAGGGGAGGGCACCUGGUGGAUGUGAAGGAGGCCGAGCUGCAGCGGCUCAUCGCUGACUCCAUCCCUGCCGGAAGUGACGUGUCGCCGUGGAUCGGACUGAAGAUGUCCAUGACCUACACAGACGGGACCAGUGCAUCAGGCCAGCUGCAAUGGUCCGCUGGUGAACCCGACAACUGUGACUUGUGUGGCUUCCUGGACAACACGGACGACUUUCGCGCCAAAACCGCCUCGUGUAUGGAACAGCACCACUACGUGUGCCAGUCGGGUGGGUGA